CUAGCUAGACGAGUUCAGGAGCGUUUGUUGAUCGGAAAGAGGUUUCCAUAAUGGAGAAGAUUGGAGGGAAGAUAUUUUUGCUUGCCCUCCCUUUUAUCGCGAUUCAACUCGGCGCGUCUUUUGGAAGAUCCCUGAGCUGAUUGUAUUUUCAGAUUAGCAGUGACAGAAAGUUUUUCCAUUAUGAGCUAUGUGAAAAUGAAAAAUCGUCCAUGAGAACGGAUUCACCCUUCACCGAAAAAAAUGAACAUCUCUUUCUAGAGGCAAAUAUUGGACUUGUUGAACAACAAAAUAAUCAGACCUCGAGUUUCAAAGUAUUCAGUUCCAACUGAUCCUCUUUUUAGUACCCAGUGGAAUGUGCUAAACUCUGGGCAGUUUGGUGAACAGUUUAGUGGAAAUGAUUUAAAUGUGGAGCCAGCCUGGUUGCAGGGAUACAGUGGAUGCAAUGUCACUGUGGCUGUUGUGGAUGAUGGACUCGAUAUUUAUCAUAAUGACUUGUGGGAUAACUUUGUUCCUCAAGUGGCUUUUGAUUUUGUUGAAGGUGAUGUGGACCCAUCCAACAUUUAUGCAUAUCAUGGCACUAGUAUUGGUGGCAUCAUUGGAUCUGUAAAGGAUAAUGAUGUUUGUGGCGUGGGAAUUGCUUAUGAUGUCAACUUGGGUGGUAUUGCCUUACUGGGUGCAGGAACUGAUAUGAACGAAGCUGUUAGUCUGACUUUCGAGAAUGACAUUGUCGAUAUCUACAGCAACAGUUGGGGGCCGUACGAUGAUGGAUAUACUGUAGAUGGUCCCGGAGUGCUAACAACUAUCGCUUUGGAGAAUGGAGUCAAUCAGAUACAACUUUCAACUCUGUGUGAUUGUACAAAAUUAAUUUACUUCUACUCUCACAUAGGGACGUGGAGGAAAAGGAUCCAUAUAUGUAUGGGCCAAUGGCAAUGGAGGACCUAAUGACGAUUGUGCUGCAGAUGGCUAUGCCAUUAGUCCAUACACCAUAUCCGUCGGUGCUCUGGGAGUUGAUGGUUUUCCUAGUCCUUUUGAUGAGGAAUGCUCUGCAAAGAUGUCCACUGCAUAUGUCACCAACUACUAUGGAAGCUCUUCUGUGACAACUACGGAAUUGGGUGGAGGAUGUACCCUGUCGUUUGGUGGAACAAGUGCAGCAACACCUAUGGUCUCUGCAAUAAUUGCUUUAACCCUGGAAGCUAAGUAUCCAUAAAUCUCUUGUGAUCUUGACCUGAGCAUUUUUGUCGUGCACAAUUGCAAUAUGCAGCUUCCAUGCAUUGGUCACUGUUUUUAGAGUAUAAUUAUGUGAGUAACAUUUCAGGCCUUCUUUGCUUAAAUGUUCAGUGAAUAGGUAUGUGUUGUGGUCUUAAAAACAUACACACAUAUAUAGCUCCUGAGUUAAUUUUCUUAUCUGUUGUAUAACAGAGUUCUGAAGUGGGUGAGUAUGAUUAAAUUCUCCUACUGCACGAGUGAUUUACUGAUAAUCAUACAGAUUCAACAUUAACCACGAACGACAUUAGCUGAUGAUAUUCACAUAGUUUAUCUAUUAUUAUUAUGCUCAAUUGUAGCCCUGAUCUAACAUGGAGAGAUGUGCAGUAUCUGAUUGUGUACACGUCUAAUACUCAAUUGACCAAUGACACUGAUUCCAUUACUAAUGGAGCUGGUCUGGCAGUGAGUCAUCAGUAUGGGUUUGGAGUGAUGGAUGCUGAGGCCAUGGUCACCAGAGCUAGACACUGGAUCAAUGUACCUCCUCAGGAGAUGCAACAGCUCUUUCCUUUUACAGAUUCAGGAAAUGCUACAUUUGAGUCACCAUUCUAUACUACAGUUCAAUACGAAGGAUCUAUUCAAUACUUGGAACAUGUUGUAAUUACAAUGACUGUAGACACUUUAUCAGGAAAUCGUGGAGAUAUAAUGAUAGAACUUACAUCGCCGUCUGGCACAAUAUCAACCCUCUUGGGUCAUCGUGAUAAUGAUUACAGUAGCAGUAGUUUUAUCAAUUGGCCAUUUAUGUCCGUUAUGUUCUGGGGGGAGAACCCCUCAGGAGAAUGGAACCUCACCGUAACAACACGCAGCAGUUAUACCAGUGCUAUUAUCACGGGGAUUGUAUUAAAAGUCUUCGGAGUGUCCAGCACACCACAGUCUGUGGCUAAUAUUCCGGGUACAUGUCAUCCUAACUGCAGUAGAGGCUGUGCCGGAGAUGGCCCUGAUACCUGUGACUCCUGUACCAAUCUACGUAACGCAUACACACUGAAGUGUAUUGGUACAUGUCCAGCAGCGUUCACUGAACGAAACGGAUAUUGCUAUAAUGCAACUUUGCCAUUGGAAGAGUGCUACUCUCCACUAAAAUUCAAGGAAGUUGGUUCCUGUGUCGAUGCUGGAUUUAGUGGAUGCUGCGAAGGUGACAAUUGCGAGGUUUUUCAUUUUUCACUUUCCUGCUUCUGUGAUGUCAUGUGUUUCAAGUAUGGUGACUGUUGCGAUGACAUCAGCAUUACUGGAUGUGCUGAGAGGAAUAACACGUUGGUGGGUACUGUUAUUCCCUACAUUCAACUUGGAGUCACGGAAGGGGUUGCCACACACACAGUUCCUGAAUCUGAUGAUGGAACUUCCUCCCCAAUUUAUGUUUCCUUUCCCCUCGGGUCACAGCUUCAAUCAACCAUUUACGUAGGAACUAAUGGAUACUUUACUUUCACUGGAUACAGUGGAUAUGCACCAUUUCUGUUCUAUGAGAAUAGCCUUCCACUGGUGGCUCCAUUCUUCACUGAUACAGACAUUUCUUCCGGCAUCGGUCAAAUCAACUAUGAAGUCCACACAGAAGCAAUUUCUGGGUCUAUUCUAUCUCAAGUCAAUUCAGUCAUCAAUGAGCACUCACAGACUGAUUUCAAAGGAAAAUGGAUGUUGGUCGCUACAUGGGAUCGAGUUCCACCAUAUGGUGAUUAUACUAUUAACAACACAUUCCAGGGAAUUUUGAUUACCAAUACUUUCACUUCCUUUGCUGUUUUUACGUACUAUUGUGGAGACCUUGAGUAUUCUAAUGGAGCUACAAUUGGAUUCUCCAGUGGAGAUGGUCUGUUUGCUAAUCAUCCUGCCUCAUUGAGGGGCUCUGCCCGGUCUGUUGCGUGUCUGAAUGAGCCUACCACUCCUUGGGUCAAUGUUGUCUAUGAACUCACCACACCAGGU